AUGGCUGCCAAAUUCCUUUCAAUUUCUCUUCUCGCCUUUGCCAAUCUGGGUUUCGCAGCCCAUGAGUAUAGCGAUAAUGACUGGGCACACAACCAUGACUUUGUUAUCAAGGACCUCGCUCCGAUCUGGUUCUUUUCAGACGGCGCUUGCUAUCCUCAAGCUGCUGCAAUCAACGGCCAGCAGACAAAUGGAAAUGGCGCCAGCGGCUGUGGUGUCCCCGCCGGCAGCCAUCUGGAUUCCGGUUGUCAGUCUCCUGGUCAAUGGAGGGGUGCAGGUACCCAAGGCACCUCGUUCCCGACCUACUGGACUACCACCGACUGUAAUGACGGUACAAGACGUGUGUGCUACGAUAUCUACUUCCGCCACGAUUCAGGACAUGAGUCAGACUGGGAAUAUGCCUGUGUAGUCCUGUCUAGAGCUAGCAAUGGCUUAUGGUUCCGUAACGGCAUUAUCUUGGAAGAGGAUCCGAACCAGGCUUACAUCUCUUGGGGUAAUCUGGAGACCUGGGAUGACGGGCAAUCAUUCACGAACGGAGGCAAGAGAAAUGGCAACCACGCCAUGAUUUACUCAGCCAAGUUUCAUCAUACUAUGUUUGCUCACCAGUAUACCGGACUUGGCAAGAAUAACUGCGCUACAACUGUAUCCGAGAUGUUUCGCAACAACGAUUUCUACUGGCCUGCUGCCAACAAUCUUCAGCCAGGCACAAACAUCCCUCGCAACUGGAAUUGGGGAAAGGCUGCUUCUAACCCUCAGGCUUUGGCUAGCUCAGUCUGCGGCUACCAUCCAUUCUAA